AUGGCUGAAGAAUACGUUCAGAGAUCACUUGCUAUCUCCAAAGCAAGUGGCAACAUUCGAGAAGAAAUCGCACAUUAUGCAACCCUAGGAAAUGUGUAUUUUCACAUCGUUGAAUAUGCCAAAGCUGAAGAGUACCUCGAAACGGCUAUUGAGGAAAGUAAAAAAAAUGGUUACAGAGAAGUAGAAGGAGCUGCUUGCGAAAUCCUUGGCAAGGUGAUGUUUCGGUUUCGCGGGGAUUACCUCAAGGCCAAAGAAUAUCAUGAAAACUCGCUUAAGAUCAGCAAAGAACUUGGCCUUAGACGAGAAGAAGCAGUAGAUUUCGGAAACUUAGGGAACAUGUAUUGCUUUAUCGGCGAAUACGACUAGGCUGAAAAAUUUCACUCGAAAGCACUUGCAAUCAGAAAAGAAACUGGGGACAAAAAAGGAGAAGCAACAGAUUACGGAAACCUUGGAAUGGUGUUUCUGUAUCUUAAAGAAUUUGGCAAGUCCAAAGAAUACUUCAAAACAGCACUAUUGCUGAGUGAAAAGUCUGGAUUCUGUGAAGUCGAGUUAAAUGCCCACUGUAACCUCACAACGCUUAUACUGUUUGAAGGGGAUGUAAAUGGAGCUAGAUCACAUCUGUUUUCCACUGUUAGUAAGCUGGAAUACAUGCGAAGUUUCUUGGGAGAUAAUGACAAAUUUAAGCUAUCCUUUACUGACAGGCAAGCCAGUUGCUACCUAGUACUAAGCGCAUUGUACUGUGAAACUGGAAGUCGUAAUGAAGCUCUAUCUGUUGUAGAACUUGGACGAGCUAGAGCCCUAUCAGACUUGAUCGCAACUCGAUACUGUCUAGAAAAACAAAGAUCAGUCAGUCCACAGACAUGGAUAGAGAUUGGCAAAAUCAUGGAGAAAGAAAGAAAUUGUACUUGUCUAUAUAUUUCAUAUUAUAGACAGCAUCUAUUUCUCUGGAUUCUAAAAGCGGAGAAGCCAAUACUUUUCGACAAGUAGACAUCAAUGACUUCUUCUCGGAAAAAGGGCGCAAUGUGGAAGUGCUUGAUCUUUUUGCAAACGAAACUUCCCGAAAACUUCAUAUUUUACCAGAGGAUGAGCAAUGCGAAGAUCAAUCGUGGUUUCUUCUCAACGAUGACGAUUCAACAUCCAAGUCAUCUCGUGAACACGAUACCCCAGAUUUUCGCCUUAUGAAUGAAGAAGAGAACCAGCAACGGGAUCCCACUUUUGCUGAUUUUUACAGAAUGAUCAUCGCUCCUGUGGCUGACUUACUUGAUGAAGGCGAAAUCAUCAUUGUUCCUGAUCGCUUCUUGUUCAAAGUUCCAUUUUCAGCCUUGGUGGACGAGAAUGAGAAAUAUUUAUCAGACACCUUCAGGAUCCGUAUCGUUCCCUCUCUUACAACACUCAAGCUCAUUCAGGACUGUCCAGUAGACUAUCAGAGUCAGACUGGUGCACUGGUAGUGGGGAACCCUGUUAUUGGUGAGGUUUGCUACAAUAGAGAACUUUAUACCCCGGGCAGAUUGCCUUUUGCAAGAGAAGAAGCAGAGAUGAUUGGACGAUUGCUCGGAGCUCAUACUCUACUAGGAGAGGAAGCCAUGAAGGAGGCAGUUCUCCAAAGAAUAAGUUCAGUCAGUCUUAUUCAUUUUGCUGCGCACGGUAACGAUGAAAGAGGAGAAAUUGUUCUUGCCCCUCCGCCUUUUAUGAAUAGGACUCCACAAGAAGAAGACUACCUGUUGACAAUGGCCGAUAUCUCACAAGUUCGACUGCGAGCUAAACUGGUAGUCCUUAGCUGUUGUCAUAGUGCGCGCUGA